AUGCCUGCGCUGGUGCCCGUGCGCGUCACAGCGCUGCUGCUGCUGCCGCUGCUGCUGCCGGCGGCGCUCGUGGCUUCCGGAGCCGAGGAGCAUCGGGACCACGGCGGCGGCGGGUACCGCGUGGUCCAGUGGGAGUGGACGUACGUGCAGACCCCGUACGUCAUCGCCGUCUGGCUCCUGGUGGCCAGCGUCGCCAAGAUCCUGUUCCACCUGUCGCAGCGCUUCACCGCGGUGGUCCCCGAGAGCUGCCUGCUGAUCCUGCUGGGCCUGGCGCUGGGCGGCUUGGUUCUGCUGGCCAACGACAAGCAGCCGUACCAGCUGGAGCCUGCCCUCUUCUUCCUCUUCCUGCUGCCCACCAUCGUGGGCGACGCCGGCUACUUCAUGCCCGCCCGCCUCUUCUUCGACAACCUGGGCGCCAUCCUCACCUACGCCGUGGCGGGCACGCUGUGGAACGCUUUCUGCACGGGCUUUGCGCUUCACGCCGCCAGCCUGGCGGGACUCAUCGACGGGCGCGUGCAGGCGGGCCUGAUGGACUUCCUGCUGUUCGGAGCGCUGAUCUCGGCCGUGGACCCGGUGGCCGUGUUGGCCGUCUUCGAGGAGGUUCACGUCAACGACACGCUCUUCAUCAUCGUCUUCGGGGAGUCGCUGCUCAAUGACGCCGUCACCGUGGUGCUGUACAAGGUUUACAUUUCCUUUGUGGAAGUCGGAGCGGAGAACGUGCGGACGGCCGACUACUUCAAAGGGAUCGCCUCCUUCCUGGUGGUCAGCGUGGGCGGGACCUUGGUGGGGCUGCUCUUUGCCGUCCUCCUGGGCUUCGUCACGCGCUUCACCAAAAAGGUUCGCAUCAUCGAGCCGCUCUUCGUCUUCCUGAUGGUCUACCUGGCGUACCUCACCGCCGAGCUCUUCUCGCUGUCCGCCAUCUUGUCAAUGACGUUCUGCGGCAUCGGCGCCAACAAGUACGUGGAGGCCAACAUCUCGCAGAAGUCUCGCACCACCGUCAAGUACACCAUGAAAACCUUGGCCAGCAUCGCCGAGACCCUCAUCUUCAUCUUCCUCGGCAUCUCGGCCGUCGACAAGUCCAAGUGGGCCUGGGACACGGGCUUGGUCGCCUGCACCCUCGUCUUCAUCUUCAUCUUCAGAGCCGUGGGUGUGGUGGGUCAGACCUGGGUCCUGAACCGCUUCCGUCUGGUCCCGCUGGAAAAGAUCGACCAGGUGGUGAUGUCCUACGGCGGCCUGCGGGGGGCGGUGGCCUUCGCGCUGGUGGUCCUGCUGGACGGCGAACGCGUCAAGGCCAAAGACUACUUUGUGGCCACCACCAUCGUGGUGGUCUUCUUCACCGUCAUGUUCCAGGGCUUGACCAUCAAACCGCUGGUCAAGUGGCUGAAGGUCCCUCGCUCCACCAGCAGGAAGCCCACCAUCAACGAGGAGAUACACGAGAGGGCCUUCGACCACAUCCUGACGGCGGUGGAGGACAUCGCGGGCCUUCAGGGCUAUCACCACUGGCGGGACAAAUGGGAGCAGUUUGACAAGAAUCACCUGAGCAAGCUCCUGCUGCGCAAGUCGGCGUACGGGAAGAGCGAGCUGUGGGAGGCCUACCAGAAGAUCAACAUCCGAGACGCCAUCAGCCUCAUCGACCAGGGCGGAAAUGUUUUGACUUUGGCCAGACUGUCGCUGCCCUCCGUGAGCGGCGGGGCCUCCUUCCCGGACGCCUCCAACGUCACCAACUACCUGCGCGAGAACGGCAGCGGCGUAUGUUUGGACCUUCAGGUCAUGGAUAACGUUCCGGGCGGCAAGGUGGAGGAGAGCAUGGAGACUCAUCAUUUCCUGGCCGAAAACCUCUACAAACCCAGGCGGCGGUACCAGUCGCACUACAGUCGCCACUUCAUGCCGGCGGGCGAGAAGGAGCGUCAAGAUCGCGAGGUUUUCCAGAGGAACAUGAAGAGCCGCAUGGAGACCUUCAAGUCGGCGCGGUCAAGGCGGCACAAGAAGAAGCGGCGAGGUUCCGACGCCAAAGACGACGCCGGGGACAAAGCCAGAAUGAACCUGGACCGGCGGGACCCAGACCCCGUGGUGGUUCCUCUGGGAUCAGAUGAAGAUGAGGAUCAAGGCGAGCGUCCAGCCCCCGACAAGGAUGACGAUGUCGGGAUCACUUUCAUUGCCGCCAAAGCGCAAACUCCCAAACGCCGUCCACUUUCAGCGGCGGCCGGCGGGGACGCUCAGCUCCCGUGGGAGGGCGGCGGCGCGCUGUGGCCGCCGCCCUGCGUGUCCCUGGAGGCCACCAAGGUGAUCCCGGUGGACCUCCGGCAGGCGUGGAACCAAAGCAUCUCUUCGCUGGAGAGCGUGGCCGAGCCCGUCCGCCCCGGCGCGGGAGCCCCGUCCCGGCGGGCGGCCCCCCCCCGCCCCGUCUCCUGCGCGCCGCCGGCCGGCGCCGCGCCGGCGCGCGUCCCGCCGGAGAAGAGCGAGGAGGACGAGGAGGAGGACGAGAUGAGGCCGCUCGUGCCGUCGCUGAGAGCGGCCGCGCCGGCCGCCGCCUCGGGCGGGCGCAUGAAGCCUCGCGUGUACCUGAGGAGCCUGGUGACGGCGCCCCCGCCCGGCGGCGAGGAGGCGCGCGGCCGAGGCCACGCCCAGCCGUAACCCCAAACCCGCGCGCGCCUUGAUCGGUCUUUGCCGUGUGUCGAAUUGCGCCCGUUUGCUCGGAUUUGGCCUCCGCUCCCGUAUGACAUGAUUAUUAUUAUUAUUUUAAUCCAGCAUUGAUCAAAAGGCGAUUUUCAGUGGUGGAAUAAGAAGUGGAAAGCAGACUUUGUCAUGUAGGGGGGGGGGGGGGCGUGUCGUCACGUCGGGCGCCGUUUUGCAAUUACCAUUCCAAGGUCCUCCGCCCAUGUAUUUUUGAACAAACAAUAAAAUAAUGACGCUCCGA